UCCGCCUAGAGCAAGGAAUCUUAUUCGACAGCCGUCCGACAUGAAGCACCUCAGCCUCAUCACCGCCACCCAACUGAUCGUCGGAAUCGAUGUAUGCCUACUGUCACCACUGCCCGUGCACCCCCAGUGAACUAGCUGUUACCUAAGCUACAUCCAUCUUCCCUCCUGGACCCUCUCCGAACGAACGUCGAUCGCGUCAAGAGCUCUUCAGAGCUGUAUCGGAAUCGCUUCAUCGCCUGCUGAACCACUGGACCGACCGCAUCCAGCUACAUCAUCCCGCACAGCUCGUCCGCCCGCCAACACACGGCAGAACACGCCCCUCGCGAUCCGAGCGUGAAGCUACCCGACGGAGAUAGGCAGACAGACGGACAGACAGAGCGGACAUGGCCUCUGGUGGGAGGACGACAUCUGGUGCUGGCCGCGGAGCAGGAGCUGAUAGCCCUAUUCGUCGGGAAGCAGGACGCGAGGAUGCGCUAUCGAACCUCCAGAGAUUGAGUUCGCGUCCGCAAUAUACCGAGCAGACCGGUUUCCGGUUCCCGCCCACGCCGCCCCGCGCCCGUCGACGGCGCCAGACGUCAGCGUCGAUCAGCAGCUUCGAGGCCUACGUUCCGGCCAGAAUGGAGAAUACCCCGCGCUCGUCGGUCGAUAUGACGAAUCGGCUUCGCGACCUGCGGUUGGAUACGCUGGCGAUGCUGGAGGGGGGUAGUGGUGCCAUCCCACAGGUCCGAUUUCACGAGUGCAAUGUGCUCUUCGUGGUCAAUGGCGGCACGCCGCAGCAUCGCGGAUUCAAGAACUUUGCGCAUCAGUUAUUACUGCGGCGAAAGCUGGCGCAUCCUACCGCGCCGGCGACCACGAAGAUGAUAUUCUGGAACGAGGCGUUUAACCAGUACGUGCUCCAAGAAGUCAGCGCCGUCGACGGCCAGAUCAAGUCCGAGGUCGCAGACGUGGGAUCGGUGUGGGAUCUUACCAGGUUGGAGCCAGUGCAGCGACAGGCGGAUCUCAUCAUCGUCUUUACAAAUCGAAGCGGCGCCGCGUUAUCGCAACGGUUUCUCCUGGGCAUCGAACGAGCGGGGCUACAACUCACCCCGCACAUCGUGGUGAUGGCGAAUGAGAAUCCGCAUAAACCGACUCCGAGGGAGGCGUUCGCCUCUGCGCUGCAAUACACGAACCUUCCGAAUGUCGCCGUGCUGUAUCAGGUGACGCCGGCGUUCGACUCGUUGGGGUGGUGUCACAUCCUCCAUAUCGACGGGAACCUCCAGUAUCUUCGACGGCGCGGGAAAUUCGAUGGCCGCAACCUGAACCGGAUGAUAGAAUGGAUGGACCUGCCCGACCUCGAGCUAGGCGUCUCGUUGGAACGUCUGGUUCUGAACGGGAUUCCGGGCUCGGUGAUGAGUGCUGUUGAUUCCCCGCUCGAGCAAUCUCCGCCAAUACAGGAAGACCCCGAAGAAGUAGUAGCCGCUCCCAGUGAACGUGUGGCGACGAGGAUCCGGCGCAUCUCCGAGCUCUUCGCGGCGCCCACGCCUGGGAGCGAACCGGUAAUCUCGAGACUCCAGCAAGAGUUGCGGACAGAGCACCGGAGGAACAGCAGGAUGGGCAUGUCCAUGGGUUCGAUGUCGAUGAGGGGAUCGGCAAACGGCUCGAUAGGCUCCUGGAUAACUGGGCUGCCUUCCAACCGACCACUCAGCAUCCUCGAGGAACCCUCCCUCCAACCAGCACUAUCCAACUUUGGUGGCUCCUUCCGCGGCGAAUGCCAACUCUGCUGCGAAGAAGACUCGCAGCUCGUCUUCCUCCUCAAGCAAUCGGGAAAAUCGAUACCCCAGCAAUUCCACGUGCAAUGGCCGCUCGCCGUCGGUUCCGACCCCGAAAACGACAUCAUCUCGGCCUUUAUGUGCUGCGACAACUGCAGCUUCUACGUGGUCGAGCAAGGCCGCACGCCCCUCCGCGAGCCCGCAACCGGCGCCUUCUCGCUAAUCCCCUACACCACCAACGCCGACCGCUGGAAAGAAGACCUAUACAAAGGCUUCCACCACUACGGGCGUCUCUCACGGGAUCUCCUGCCCCUAAUCUUCCUCUCCCUCGUCGACGAGACCCUCCGCGCCAAGUCCUGGGCGCGCCUCGACGGCAGCGAAGAGAACGAGCAGCGGCGCGACGCGCUGCUCUGGACUAAACGGGAGAUCGUCGCGAACGUGCACAUGUCGGGUGACGGACACGACGGGUACAUCGGCGAGUGGAUCUACGCGUGCGUUACCGCGCCGGCGCGCGGCUUCAACAGCAUCGUGUACCGCUACCCGCUCCGCGGCUUCCUGUUCAUGCUGCGCUUCGCCGACGAGAUCCAUCCGCACGCCGACGCGGAGCCACUCGGUAAGGUCCUCUGGGCCCGCAUCCUCAUCGAGGUCACACGGCACUUCCGCUCGCUCCUGGAGGUGUCGCCGGAGGCGUUCGAGACCGUCACUGGCAUGGCCGUGGCUAUCAACGAGGCGCUCCUUGGCGACGCCCUGAAGGAGGGCGACUGGCUACAGCAUGCGGCGGCAGAGGGUGCGUUCCCCGAACAGGACUUGAAUACGCUGAAGGCAGCGAAGGACGAGAUGCGCUGGGUCACGGAUAAUUGUAGGUAUGCCAUGGUCAUGUGGCUCAGCUAUAUGCCUAGCAUCCAGGGCUUUGGUGAGAGCACGGACGCUGUCGUUACUGCGCUCAUGGAGAUCGCUGGCGCGGAGUUUGUCAUCGGCGCGCCUGAGGAGGUCGGGAGGGAGUGGUGCGAGGAGUUGGUGCGGGAGACGUGAGCGGGGGAAG